AUGGAUCUUGCGAAUACUCUUAUCCGGACUGUGGCGCGCGCAUUCUACGAGACCCGCCACAUCCUAGUCGUCGAUGCGCUCUUUCUACACUCAGUACUCCACGCCGAGGACCUUGCUUUCUUGAUGGGAAUGCAACAAAAGGAUCUCCGCAAGCUUUGCGCCAAGCUCCGAGAGGACCGACUGAUCGCAGUGAGCACCCGCGCUGAAAUCCGUGAUGGAUCCACUCGUCCUGUGAAUCGCGAAUACUACUACAUCCCCUUGCACCCGGUUGUUGAUGCGAUCAAAUACAAAGUCUCCAAGUUGACCUCGAAUAUCAAAGCGCAAUACACACCAAGCGAAGAGCGCAAGGAAUACAUCUGUCUCCGAUGUGGAACUGAGUGGACGGAACUGGACGUCUUGAGUCUGGUUGGAGAUGAAGGAUUCGAAUGCCAGAACUGUGGUGCAGUACUGGAACGAACCGAGGAUGUCAAGGGCGUGGAGGGAAUCGACCGAACUGGUCACGAGAAGAACAGCAAACUGAUGGCCCAGCUUGACAACAUGCUCAAGCUAUUGAAGCAGAUCGAUACUGUUGAAAUUCCGCCCAAUGACUUCGAAACUGCUUGGGACCACAAGGUGGAAGUCCCUCGGAAUCAGAGCACCCACCCAGUCCGCGCCGCGAUCGUUGUUCCUCCCAAGGCGCAGGAUAUCACACGUCCCAACGCGAAAACCGAUGCCGCCGCACUGGAGAUCUCCCUCACUUCGAGUGAGGAGAAGAGUGCCGCCGAGCAAGCUGAUGAGGCAGCUCGGAAGGCAGCUGUGGAGAAGCAAAAUGCUCUUCCCGUUUGGCACACGCACUCUACUGUAAACUCAACACCCACAAAUGGACAAGUCAAGACCGAUGGUGGCAGUUUGGUGAAGCCCGAGCUCGCCGACGACGAGAAACCCAGUCUGGAUGCCCUAGACGACAAGGUUGCUGCUUACUAUGCUGAAAUGGAGCGUGAGAAGGCACUACAAGCCCAAGAAGAUGCCAGCAGUGCGGAUGAUGAUUCUGAUGACGAAUUCGAAGAUGUCGAGGUUUCUGGCCCGAGUGGACCGGGUACUCCUGCAAUGAAUGGCGGCCCUACAAGUGCUCCUGGCGGCUCCUUCGGUGGAGCUGGUGUCAAGCGAGAGCUCGAUUCCGGGUCUAGCGCUCCUCAGUCCUCUGUUGGCACGCCUUCUACUCCUGCUGAUGAUGGCCCUGCUGCAAAGAAGAUCAAGACCGAGCCGGAGAUCAAGCCUGACCCCGAUGCUGAACCUGAGACUAAAACGGAAGCCGAGGAAUCGGAUGAGGACGAUGAGGAAUUCGAGGAUGUCUAA